AAAACAAAAACUCUCAUCAUGUCCGGAGAUUUUGCAAAUCCUUUGCGUAAAUUUAAAUUGGUGUUCUUGGGCGAACAGAGUGUGGGCAAGACAUCGCUAAUUACACGCUUCAUGUAUGACAGUUUUGAUAAUACCUAUCAGGCCACCAUCGGCAUUGAUUUCCUUUCAAAGACAAUGUACUUGGAAGAUCGUACAGUGCGCCUACAAUUAUGGGAUACUGCCGGCCAGGAACGUUUCCGUUCAUUAAUUCCAUCGUAUAUUCGCGACUCGACCGUGGCUGUGGUCGUCUAUGAUAUCACCAACACAAAUUCAUUCCAUCAAACGUCUAAGUGGAUCGAUGACGUGCGAACCGAGAGAGGCAGUGAUGUCAUUAUCAUGUUGGUUGGCAAUAAAACAGAUCUGUCGGACAAGCGGCAAGUGUCGACGGAAGAGGGUGAACGCAAGGCGAAAGAGUUGAAUGUGAUGUUUAUUGAAACAAGUGCCAAAGCCGGCUAUAAUGUGAAACAGCUGUUUCGACGUGUGGCUGCUGCAUUGCCGGGCAUGGACUCAGCGACAGAGAAUAAACCAAAUGAAGAUAUGCAAGAAAUUACACUUGACACACAAAAAGAAACAAAGGAUCCCGAAGGAGGCUGUGCCUGCUGAAUGCUGUCGCUGCUAUUAGUUUCAAUAUUCCAUU